CCAACCAUCGUCAAAGCGGUAUCUCGACCGCAAGCCAUGGCGCGCGCCUUUGCACGCUCCAUCUCCUUCCCUCUCAGCCCCUCGAGGUCUCCCAAGGCGCGCGCUCCGUCCUCGUCGUACCACGGGCGGUCCGUGAGCUUGCCGUGCCGCUCGCACACGAUCUUGGCGCACCUCCACACCCACAUCCGCUCCGUGCGCGCCUGGGCGCAGAAGGGCACGGCGGCGUUGGCCGCCUCCGUGGCCACGGGGCUGGCGCACGUAGACGCGCUCCAUGCCGCGCUCGGCGACCUGCUCGACCUGCCCGAGGCCCAGGCCGCGCUCUCCGGCGCCGGCGGCAGCGUCGACCGCCUCCUGGACUCCUUCCUCCGCCUCGCCGACGCGCACGGCUGCUUCCAGGAGGCCGUGGUGCCGCUCAAGCAGGACGUCGCCGAGGCUCUGGCGGCCGUGCGCCGUCGCGACGGGGCACGCCUGGCUUCGGCAGUGCGGUCGCAGCGCAGGGCCGGGAAGGAGCUCGCGCGCCUGGCCGCCACGGCCAGCGAGUGCGCCGUCGGGCCCUCGCGCCUGAGCAUCCUCGGCGGCGGUCAUGGCAGCUCGGCGGAGGUGGAGGUGACGGGGCUGCUGAUGGAGUCGGCCGCGGCCACGGCGUCGGCUUCGGCCGCGCUGUUCGGGGCCGUGGCGGCCAUGUUGGGGUCCGUGGCGGCGGAGUCGUGCUCGUGCAAAGGGACGGCGGCGCUGGCGUGCCUGGUGACGAAGAACAACAAGAAGGCGCCGGCGCCGGGGUCGGGGUCGGAGGAGAUAGCCGUGGCGGAAAGGCUGGAGGAGCUGGAGGAGUUCAUCGAGGAGAUGGAGGCCGGGAGCGAGAAGGUGUUCCGGAGCCUCGUGCAGACCAGGGUCGCGCUCCUCAACAUCCACACGCUCCACAUCUUCUAGCUUUGCUACUAUCAUGUGCCAUCCAUCUUAGCUGUACUAGUGAAAUUGGUGGCAGAAAUCCAGCGUAACUGUAAAUAAGUAGAUGAUGAAUAGAAGAAGGAAUUUAUAGUACUAAGAGCAUCUCUAGCAGACGUAGAUCAUGAAUAGAAGAAGGAAUUUGUAGUACUAAGAGCAUCUCUAACAGACGUAGAUCAUGAAUAGAAGAACGAAUUUGUAGUACUAAGAGCAUCUCUA